AUGAUCACAGCGUGCGAUUGGAGUGGCCAGUGGCGACAGGCCUUACAGACCUUCACCGAUGCCCGACACGCGACCGACACGGUCGUGAGGAACGUGAGAGGCCAAGGAGCCCGUAAUGGCUUCCACAGUGACCAUUUCCACUGCGUUCGCGCUUCGGUGAUGGACAUCAUCACUUACAACGCGGCCAUUUCAGCGUGUGAUGAGCAUCUUCAUGUGGCCCUGAAGCUCUUUCAGGAACUUCAACAGAACUCCGUCGUUCCCAAUGUGGUCACCUACUCCUCUGUCAUCAGUGCCUGCGAACGGGGAGGGCAGUGGCAGCAAGCAUUAUGGCUGCUGUGGGUGAUGCAACGCCACCGGCUGCAGCCAAACAUCGUCAGCUACAGUGCAGCUAUUAGUGCCUGUGAGAAAGCAGGCCGCUGGCAACUGGCAGUGCUUCUUUUGGCCCUCUGUGAAAACCAAAGAAACCGGCCAAACCUUAUCACCUACAACACGGUCAUGAGUGCUUGCGAGAAGGGUUCCCAAUGGAUCCAUGCCUUGGACAUUUUAGUGUCCAUUCGACGUUUGCGCUUCGAUGUGGUCUCCUAUGCUGCUGCCAUGAUGUCAGCCUGUGAGAUGGGCGCCCGUUUCGCACGGAGCUUGAAGAUCCUCUCAAUUCUUCAAACGGACUCCGUGCGUUCGCUGCAUGGCGCGUUGCAAAAGCGCGCUGUGUUGGGCGGUGUGGGCGGUCGCGGUUCGCUGCACAUUCUCCAGGCCGAGUCCUUCAGAAAGAUGGGCGAUGCCAACCGUUCCAUCCGUGCCACAGGCAUGAAUCCCGAGUCCUCUCGUGGCCAUACGCUCUUCAUUCUCCGCUUCCGAAAGGAAGUCAAACGUGGCGGUUGGGUUGAGGAAUUUCGAUCCAAGCUCUGCCUCGUGGACCUCGCCGGUAGUGAGCGAGCUCAUGACACAGGGUUGACGGGUGUUGGAUUGGAGGAAGGCAUUGCAAUCAAUCAGUCGCUCUCUGCCUUGGGGCAAUGUCUUGUCCAGCUUUGCAAGGGUGAGCGGGUGAACCAUCCGGACAAACUCACCAAGUUGCUCUCCGAGAGCUUGGGCGGAAAUGCCGUCACCGUGAUGAUCGCCGCGCUCUCACCCGCCGACAUCAAUUAUAAUGACACGGUGUCCACGCUACGCUUUGCCGACAAUGCCAAGAAGAUGCCCGUGAAGGUUAAGAAGCAGUUGGACCCGACGGCGGAACUCAUCCGACAGUUGCAAGAGGAGAAUGCCAAGCUGCAGGCGCAACUCCAAUCAAUGGGCAGCGAAGAAAUCGAAAAGGAGCGUCGUGAUUGGGAGGAUAAAUUAGCAGCAGCAGACAAGAAGGUCCAGGACUCUCAAAAAGCCUUGGAAGACAUGAAGGCCAACGCCGAGUCCAACUCGCGGGUUCGCAUGGUGCGUGCCAAGACCGGCAUUGUGGAUGAAGCUUUAACUGUUGACGAAUUGGAGGCCAAGGUGAAAGAGUUGGAAGACCUCAAGAACAACAGCGACAGCAAACUUGAGGAGCUUAACAUUGAGAUCAGCAAGCUCCAGGCCCGAAUUCAAGAGCUCGGUGGCCCUGAGGAAGCUGAGAAGGAGCAAGACGAGUUGGUAGACUUGAUGCGCCACAAGACCUCCAACCAGGCGCACAACGCCGCGCUACAAGAGCAGCAAAAAGAUACCUUGGCAAUGCUCAUGGAGGCUCGACUUGGAGAGAUUGAGCGGUUGCAGGACGCUCGAGAUGCAGUUCGCUUGGAGGCUUUGAAGGUGAAGAAGGAUGGUGGCACAGACACACAGGCACAAGAGGAAUGUUUGGCCAAGCUGGAAGAACAGUUGGUGUUGGCCCGGAAUGAUUGUGAGAGUAUGAGUGAGAAGGCAGUAGAAGUGGGCAUGGGCAAAAUCUUCCGCGCUGCCAUUUUGGCACUGCAUCGUCAGGAUGAAGAUUCGAAGGUGCAGUACUUACAGGACCAGCUCUCAAUUCUACAAGCCUCGGCUGAUCAAGAUGCUGCGCAGGUGCGUCGCUUGGAAGAGGAAGGUGCUGCGGCUUUAGCCGAAGCACAGAAGGCCGCAGAAGAGGCGAAAGAAGCAGCCGAGUUUGCGUUGCAGGAAAAGAUGGAACAUGUGCAGGCGUCAUCGCAGUUGGAGGCCAUUGCUACUUUGUAA